GGAGAGUAUAAAUACAGGGGCAAGUGGCGCUUGAUUUGUGAAUGAAAUAGUAGCAGCGAAAGUAACAAAUCACCUUUGCUGGAGCAACAUGAAAUACAUUAUAGGUAUCGGAGGUGUGACCAACGGUGGAAAAACCACUCUGACCAACAAAAUUCGCUACAAUUUACCAAACUGCUGUGUGGUACAUCAGGAUGACUUUUACAAGCCACCAGAUCAAAUAGACGUCGGGGAAGAUGGAUUUAAACAAUGGGAUGUGAUCACUGCCCUCGACAUGGAGGCGAUGAUGAGUACUGUCAACGCCUGGAUUGACAACCCAGUAAAGUUUGCCCGAUCGCAUGGAGUGAACGUCACUUCAGUCUCCGAUGAGCUGAGCAAUCCAGAGAAAGGAGUGCACAUAUUGAUAGUGGAAGGGUUCCUCUUGUAUAACUACAGGCCAUUGGCUAACAUAUUUGAUCUCCGUUAUUUCUUAUCUCUUCCAUAUGAAGAAUGCAAGAGGAGGAGGAGUACAAGGAAUUAUACAGUUCCUGAUCCACCUGGUUUAUUUGAUGGACAUGUGUGGCCAAUGUUCUUGAAACACAAGAAGGAGAUGGAGGACAGUAAUGUUAAUGUUGUGUAUCUGAAUGGCUUGAAAUUAAAGGAGGAAAUCCAUCAACAAGUGUAUGAAGAGAUACAAAACCAAAUCCUGAAUUGUUCUUAGGGUCUGUGGAUUGAAGACUGCAUUGGGGAAAAAGUUGAUGUUGUAAAUAGUUGACUGUCUGUCUCUGGAAAUACUUGCUCCACAAAUCUCAGUAUUAAUUAGGUUUAUGUUUAACUUUGUUAAUUUUUAAUGUAUAUAGUUGGACAUAAGUUAAAUAAUUUUAAAUGUCAGUAAUGGCAGUUCUUUUGGUUAUUUGAGUACUUCAAGUAUUUAACUCUUUAUUGGAUCAUUUGUGUAACCAUUGUAAUAUUUUAACUUUUUUAAUGAAUUAUGUAAGCAUCUAAAGUGCUCAGUGUCAAUUGGGUAUUUGCAAUAUGUUAUAUUGUCAUGUUACUGUAACUAAUCUUCUACCUGACAUCUAUUUAAGUGGCUUCUUCCUUUUGUACUCUUUCAUGGAAUAGUUAAAAUUUUUCUCCAAUAUA